AUGGACGGACAAAAUUGCGACGAAUGCGAUUCACACUCAGUAGUGGUCCGCCCAGAGCGCCGCAACUAUCGUACUCUCCAUAUUUACUAUGGAAAUAUUGCAUUAGGAAAUUCUGUACUUAAGGACGCCAUUUUAUUCGCGGAAUCUGUGAUUAUUGCGACUCCCACAAGAAUGACGACUAGCAUAAAUAUGCCGCACUCGCUGCUACUGCGUAUGCACGAGAGCUACUCCUAG